AUGGUUUUAAAAAAUCAUCUCUGUAACAUCUUUAGAUUAAUAUUAGGGUUAGGGUUUCAGUCAUUAGGGACUGUGGAAAAUGAGAUUUAUGUAGUCAAUGAGAUUUGUGUGGUCAAUGAGAUUUGUGUGGUCAAUGAGAUUUAUGUGGUCAAUGAGAUUUGUGUGGUCAAUGAGAUUUAUGUGGUCAAUGAGAUUAAUGUGGUCAAUGAGAUUUGUGUGGUCAAUGAGAUUUAUGUGGUCAAUGAGAUUUAUGUGGUCAAUGAGAUUUAUGUGGUCAAUGAGAUUUAUGUGGUCAAUAAGAUGUGUGUGGUCAAUGAGAUUAAUGUGGUCAAUGAGAUUUAUGUGGUCAAUGAGAUUUAUGUGGUCAAUGAUAUUUAUGUGGUCAAUGAGAUUUAUGUGGUCAAUGAGAUUUGUGUAGUCAAUGAGAUUUAUGUGGUCAAUGAGAUUUAUGUGGUCAAUGAGAUGUGUGUGGUCAAUGAGAUUUAUGUGGUCAAUGAGAUUUAUGUGGUCAAUGAGAUUUAUGUGGUCAAUGAGAUUUAUGUGGUCAAUGAGAUUUAUGUGGUCAAUGAGAUUUGUGUGGUCAAUGAACUUUAUGUGGUCAAUGAGAUUUAUGUGGUCAAUGAGAUUUAUGUGGUCAAUGAGAUUUAA